GUUUUUGUGGACAUCGAGAGAGAGAGAGAGAGAGAGAUAUUAAAAACAAGUCUCAACCCUUCUCUGCGCCGCUCCUCUCUUUUUUUUUUUCCUCACAACAACAAUCUCUCUCGUAAAACUUUUUUCCCUCUUAAUACCUUCGAAUAGAUCUAAAAAAAAACUAUGGAACAAGGUGACCGCCCCGUGUUGAGCCUAAGACCUGGAGGUGGUCGUGGAGGAAGCAGACUCUUCGCUCCUCGCUUCUCCUCUUCCUCUUCUGAUUUCACCAAUGGCGGAGAUGCUCCUUCUUUUGCCGUUAGGAGAGGAGACUCGAGAUUUGAAGGUCAUGAGAUUUUGAAGUUCACAAGAGAACAGCUUCUUCAGCUUAAAGAGGCAAUUCAAGUCUCUGAGGAAAUCUUGAAGCUUAGUCAAGAGAUUUCAGCUGAUCUAUUUGGUGAAGAGCAGAGCUGGGGACGUUCUGAAACCAAGCCUGCAGCUCAAGUUCAGAAUCGUUUCUCGGAGACUGAUAACCGUGAUUGGCAUACUCGUGCACCAGCUCCUUCCCCAAGUAAAGAAAGGUCUAGGGAAGAGCAACGUGAACCUAGAGGUGACCGUACUGGGUCUGGUCCUCCUCCUGUUCUGGUGAAAGCUGAUGUUCCAUGGUCAGCUAAAAGAGGAACUCUUUCGGAAAAGGACAAAGUUCUCAAGACUGUUAAAGGUAUCCUGAACAAGAUGACUCCUGAGAAGUAUGAUCUCCUUAAAGGUCAAUUAAUUGACUCUGGGAUUACUUCUGCAGAUAUCCUAAAGGGAGUGAUACAGCUGAUUUUUGAGAAGGCUGUGCUAGAGCCCACGUUUUGUCAGAUGUAUGCUCUUUUGUGUUUUGAUAUUAAUGGAAAGCUGCCUUCCUUCCCAUCUGAGGAAGCCGGUGGAAAAGAAGUAACAUUCAAAAGAGUGUUAUUGAACAAUUGCCAAGAACAAUUUGAGGGAGCUGACAAAUUGAAGCAAGAAAUCAGACUGAUGACUAAUCCAGAACAAGAAAUGGAUCGCAGGGACAAGGAAAGGAUGUUGAAGCUUCGAACAUUAGGAAAUAUCCGUUUGAUUGGUGAGCUUCUGAAGCAGAAGAUGGUGCCCGAGAAGAUCGUCCAUCACAUCGUCCAAGAGCUUUUAGGAAGUGACAAUAAAGCUUGCCCAGCAGAGGAAGAUGUAGAGGCUCUCUGUCAAUUUUUCAUCACCAUUGGCAAACAGCUCGAUGAUAGCCCAAGAUCACGAGGUAUAAACGACACAUACUUCCUUCGUUUGAAGGAACUGACAAUGCACCCGAUGCUUGCACCACGCCUGAAAUUUAUGGUCCGUAAUGUUAUUGAUCUGCGAGCUGACAAGUGGGUACCAAGGCGAGAGGAGAUGAAAGCCAAGAAAAUUACUGAGAUUCAUUCCGAGGCAGAGAGGAAUCUUGGGUUGCGCCCUGGUGCAAUGGCGAAUAUGAGAAAUAGUAACAACCGUGGUGGUGGUUCAGAAGCUGAAAUGCAUGGCUCUGGAAACGUUUUUGGACGUUCUGGUACAGGAGGAAUGAUGCCUGGUAUGCCAGGAGCUAGGAAGAUGCCGGGAAUGCCAGGGGCUAGGCAGAUGCCUGUAAUAGAUGAUGAUGGCUGGGAGAUGGCACGGUCCCGCUCCAUACCCCGAGGGAAUAGGCAGAAUCCGCAACCCACAGGGCGUGUUGUCGACAAGUCACCAUCCGUUAACUCAAGGCUCUUACCUCAGGGCAGUGGAGGUAUCUUGGCUGGUAGACCAAGUGCUCUUUUACAAGGUAGUGAACAGCCGAAACCCAUUCCUUCCCCGAGCAAACCAACAGUGGUGAAGCCCCAGUCACAAGCACCACCACAGCCACAGGAGGCAGCUUCUCCUAUGGACUCAGAAGUGCUCAGCAGAAAAACGAAAUCUCUUUUGGAAGAAUACUUCAAUGUCCGUCUAAUGGAUGAGGCAAUGCAAUGCGUAGAGGAACUGAAAUCGCCAGCUUACCAUCCGGAGCUAGUCAAGGAAGCUAUCUCCCUCGGCUUGGAGAAGAAUCCACCGUGCGUUGAACCAGUGGCGAGACUCUUGGAGUAUUUGGUUUCCAAGAACGUUCUAACUUCUAAAGACAUAGGGAGUGGUUGUCUGCUUUACGCGUCUAUGCUAGAUGACAUUGGGAUCGAUCUGCCAAAGGCACCAAACAACUUUGGGGAGAUCGUUGGGAGUUUGGUCAUGGCCAAUGCAUCGGAUUUUGGAACUGUGGAAGAGAUUCUGUUGAAAAUGGAGGAUGAUCGGUUCAAGAAAGCAGUCUUGGAUGCUGUGAUAAAGAGUGUAAGUGAGUCUCUGUUGGCUGCUCAAGCAACCAAAGUGGAGGCUUGUCGUAGUCUGGUGUAA